UCUAACGUAUCGAACAAUUUUAGCAUUUGUGAUUUGACGCGAGUUUGGAAGUCAUCCACUGACAAAGUUAACCUGAUUGGACGACGUUGUUUCUAAAUACAUUGUACAUAAGGUUGUGACACUGGUGAAUCUUAUUGUCUUUAAUAUAUCGUGCAGACUCCCAUGGCUACCCAAAAAAGUCGAAAACAUGUGGUGGUCUUCACAAGUGGUGGGACAGAUCGGUGUAUUCUUUGCCUACUGGCAUUGGUAUUGAUGUGUCACGACACAGACCAAUAUACCUUGGGAACAAUGACCUCAUGGACAAUAGGACAAACCAUUAUCGGGAAUAGCAUCCGGACAAUUCAGGUCCGAACCAAGCACGAGUGUGCAUUGCAUUGUGUAGUGGAUAUCUCCUGUCAAGCUGUGGCCGUAUACUGCAAGUCUUCUCAGCAGACCGGAUCUUUUGAUUGUGAACUCAACUACGCGAGUUACAUUAUAGCGAACAACUCGGACAUGUGUUAUUCCUUAGUGCAAUCCAGGGACGAGUUCGUCAAUGGUGUAAACGUUCAAGAUCUUUCGACAACAACGGUGCCGCUAGCCGUGACAACAGCAGCAGCCCCGACAACUGUGAUAGCUUCAGUCUCGUCACCCACUGCAACGUCCCAGGUAAGAGGAGGGAUCGGAAACCUUAUCAAUAUGUGUUCCUCUUCGUCAGCGAUAGAUAUAGCCCUGAUCAUGGACGACGGGGUCUACAUAUAUGACGACUUACCAUCCCUCGAGACGGGCGCAUGCGCGGGGCCGCUUGCACUAUCGACAGUUUUCUCUGGAUACAGCGGCGCAAAGUCACUGCCAGCAAUAUCGAAUAUUAUAUGUCUGAUGGUCCAUCAGAAUAAUGAAAUCGACAUGUUUGACAGUAAGUAUUUAAAACGACAUCUAUUGAAAUCAUUCUGGACAGCAAUACAAAUAUUCUCAUACCAAAACUAUAGUUAACG